CUGAAAACAAGCUGUGCCAUGUGUUAUGUCUGUCGUUCUUUUCUCUGAUACAAUUUAUAAUUUUAGUUGAAUUUCGCAUUGCGUGAACUUCGAUAAUUAAACAAAUCUGUUCUUUCUAUUAAUCAAGCAUUACCGAGAUGUUUCCGCAGAGCUCGCAGAACAAGUUUUGGAUGUUUAGCGAUGAAAAUGAUUUGACCAUAUUAAGGGAAAAGACCAAUGCUGAAUUUAUUGAAAAACAUGGAGCUAACAUGACUCUGGAACAAAAGGAGGAACAUUUUCUUUCAAAUACAGAGGAGCGUACAUUACUUCGUUUCUAUGAAUUACAAUUGAGAGAUUUCUGUCGUCGAUUUAAUCCAUCAAUGCCUCGCCCUACUGUAGCCACUGCCUUACAUUACUUUAAAAGAUUUUAUAUUAAGAACAGUGUCAUGGAUUAUCAUCCAAAAGAGAUCCUGGUUACUUGCGUUUAUCUAGCAUGCAAAGUCGAAGAGUUUAAUGUCUCCAUAUCUCAAUUUGUAGCAAAUAUCAAAGGAGAUAGAGAUAAAGCAUCUGAUAUAAUACUUAAUAAUGAAUUGCUUCUUAUGCAGCAUUUGAAUUAUAAUCUUACAAUUCAUAAUCCUUUUAGACCUGUGGAAGGAUUAAUGAUUGAUAUAAAGACAAGAUAUACAUCCUUGGAAAAUCCUGAAAAAUUAAGGCAACAUAUAGAUGAAUUCUUAGAAAGAGUUUUCCUCACAGACAGUGUUCUUCUUUAUGCUCCAAGUCAAGUUGCAUUGGCUGCGACUUUGCAUGCAGCAUCCAGAGCUUCCGCAAACCUAGAUAAUUAUGUUACUGACAUACUGUUCUCAAGAGAACAAUUGGGAGGGAUUAUAGAAGCUGUGCGAAAAAUACGUUCAAUGGCUAAAUGUGUCGAACCACCAUCGCGAGAAGUAAUAAAAGCUUUGGAGAAAAAACUGGAUAAAUGCAGAAAUCAGGAAAAUAAUCCUGAUAGUGAAAUAUACAAGCAAAGAAUGCAGGAAAUGCUAGACGAGGAAGAUUUACAGGAUAAUGAAAGAUAUGCAAAAAUUAUUCAGGAUCAAGCGGCCUAUGACGACAAAAUAUUAGGAGUUAAUAAAAUCUUAUCUCCUAUUUUAUGAUGACAUGUACAUUUUAUAUAAUAUGAAAUUGCAUUGUUACAUAAAGGAAUAUACAUUGUGAUGUAUAUUCUUCAAAUAAUUUAUAGUUUUGUUUUUUUUUUGAUAAUAAUAAAUAGGAUCUUACAUAAUGCUCUUAUUU